GAAUCUCCGCUAUCACUUUCGAUCUCAAAGCCGGGGUUUUCACGGAAGCGCUUCGGGGACAGGAGCCGCGAUGGACCACCGCGGGGUAACCAAGAUCAGCACCGGGACCACCAUCAUGGCUGUGGAGUUUGAUGGUGGGGUCGUCCUGGGCUCCGACUCCCGUGUUUCUGCAGGGGAGUCGGUGGUCAACUGCUUCUUCAACAAGCUAGAACCCCUGCAUGACCGGAUUUACUGCGCACUCUCUGGCUCCGCAGCUGAUGCUCAGGCCAUCGUUGACCUGAUCAAUUACCAGCUGGAGCUCCACAGCCUGGAGAUGGAGAUGCAGCCGCGGGUCCUGACUGCAGCCACCUUGGUGAAAUCCCUCAGCUACAAGCACCCGGAACUCUCGGCCCACCUCCUGGUGGCUGGAUGGGACCCCCAGAAGGGUGGGCAGGUUUACAGUACACUGGGAGGAAUGUUGAACCGGCAGCCCUUUUCCAUUGGGGGGUCAGGAAGUACCUUCAUUUACGGUUAUGUGGAUUCUGCCUACAAAUCUGGCAUGAGUCGGGAAGAAUGUCGUCAGUUCACCAAAAACAGUAUCUAUCCGGUUGUGUCCAUUCUGGGUCGCUAUUGCCUUGGCAAUGGUCCGGGAUGGUUCCAGCGGGGGCAUCAUCUACCUCGUCACCAUCACCAAAGACGGCGUCAAGGAAGAAGCUGUUUUAGGAGAUGACCUCCCUAAAUUUUACAAUGAAUGAAUUUGCUUCUCAA